AUGGAGACCUAUGGCCCCAGCUUCUGCCUCAUCAUCUCAGGUUUUGCCAAAGCUCACCUGCACUACUCCACCUGCGCCAUCUUACUUCGGAACCCAGCUGGGACGGGCUCUUCUCCAGCGCUGCUCAGCAACAUUGCAGACACCCGCUGGCUUGGCCGAAGAAAAUCAGAGCUGGGAGGGGAGAAGAGGGACACGGCCGGCGCCUUAGGAGCUGCUCGGGGCUGGGUGUGGGUGUGGGAGAGGACGGCUCCAGGCCUUCCCACUGCCACGUGGCGCCGCCGUGGGCGCGGACGGGCUGCUGGAGCGCGCUACGAGCGGAUCCCCCGCACCGCCGGGCUGCAAAGACCCAGCCCCAGCGUGCUCCGCCCCUCCAGGCUCUCUUCGGGUAUUUGGGCCUCGCAGUGGUCCCUCCCGUGCCGGCCGGCUCGGGGUCCCCAGGCCAUCGCCCACUACCAUGGCCCCACCCCGCAGGCGGGACUCUACCCCUUGUCCUGCCCACCGCAAGGAGCAGCCCGCCACCUCCCGGGCACCCUCUGGGUGUCACCGGGGUCUCGCUCGGCCCGGCGUCCGGGACAUCCCGAGCGCGCCCUCGCCCGGACUCCCGGGUCCGACCUCUCGGGCAGGGCGCGGGGCUGCUCCCCGCUCCCCGCCGCCUCGGGGCGUCCGGGCUCGGCGGCGGGCAGCGGCGCCGGGUCACCGCAGGCUGAGCGCGGCGCCCGAUCGCCCGCCCGCCCGCCGUCCCCGCCUCCGCCGCCCGCGCGCGCGCUGCUGCCCCGCCCUCCCGCGCUCCCCGCCCUCGCGGCGCCGCGCCUCCUCCGCCCCGCGCCCUGCGUGCUGCAGCUGCGGGCGGCUCCAGCUGCCCCAGAUGUGGGCUGGGCGGCGGCGGCGGCGGCGCGCGGGCAACUUUCGCGCCGGCUGCGAGUGCGGGGCCCGGCUGCGGCGUGGCGGCUGCCAUGGAGGAGGCGCGGGCUGGGCCGCUCGCCGCCCGCCUUGCCCCGCGCUGCUGCCCUGCCGCUGCCGCUGCUGCUGCUGCGCUGCUCCAGCUCCAGCCGCGGCUCCUGCUGCCGCCGCCCGCGAGCGCCCCGUUCGCCGCCGCCGCCGCUCCCCCGGGUAGGUGCCCCGCGCGGCGCGCCCCUCCCCGGGCGCCGGCUGCGAACUCGCGCGCGCCCUGCCCAACUUGCCCAACUUCGAGGCCGGGCGGGCGAGACCCUGGGCGCCCCCCAAGCCGGCCGAGCCCCCGCGCUGGCCGGAGGAGCGAUGCGCGCCGGCCCGGUCGGGGAGCGGGGCUGGGCGGCGGCGGCGGCGGCGGAGCUGGGGGACGCUCUGGUGGGCGCUGCGCUGCGCUGCUCGCCCCGGGUCCCCCGGAGGACCGUGCGGGGCGCCCGCUCCGGCUCCCCUCCCGGGGACUCCGAGAGUUGCGAGACGGAGGGAGGGGCCCGGGCAGCGGGGACGGCCGCCUGCGCCCCGGAGCACCCUCUCCGUCGUCCCGUACGCCCCGGGGUGCGGGGUGCGGGCCCAGGGAGGGCUGGGGAGGCGCGGGGGGCGUGGGAGGGGCCCCCGCCCGCGGGUGCUGGGGUUCGGGGUGCGUCCGGGCGAUGUGUUGGCGCCCUGGAGGGCCCCGGGACAGGGAUCCCGCGGCGGCGGGGACUGGCACGCUCGCGCGCUGCUGCUGGCGGGGCGCGUGAACCCCAGGGGCGCGGAGCGGAGCGCAGCCUGGUGGUGCCGGUGCGCACGGACGCGCGGGGCCGCUGGCUGUCCCACGCGGUGUCAGCGGCGCCCACCGGCUCGGGGGUCCGCGCGCGCCGGGCCGCGCCCCCCGACGCGCCCCCCGGCGCUCUCUUCUACAACGUCACGGUUUUCGGCCGAGACCUGCACCUGAGGCUGCGCCCCAACUCGCGCCUCGUGGCCCCCGGCGCCACGGUGGAGUGGCAGGGCGAAGCGGGCGCCGCCCUCCGCGUGGAGCCGCUGCUGGGGACCUGCGUGUAUGUCGGGGACGUGGCGGGCAGCGGCGAAGCCUCCUCCGUGGCGCUCAGCAACUGCGACGGCCUGGCAGGUCUGAUCCGAGUGGAUGAGGAGGAAUUCUUCAUUGAGCCCUUGGCCAAAGGAGAGGCUGACAUGGAAUCUACUCAGGGCCGUUUACAUGUGGUCCACCGUCGGCCGCCCACCCCCAGGCCACUGCCUUCAGGUGGACCAUCGAGCCUGGACACAGGGGCCUCCCGAUUCAGCCUGGACAACCUCAGUCGUGCCCUGGGAGUCCUGGAAGAGAGGCUCAAUAGCUCCAUGCACCAGCGGCGGCGGCAGCGCAGGCACACAGCCGAGGACGACUACAACAUCGAGGUGCUGCUGGGCGUGGACGAUUCUGUGGUCCAGUUCCACGGGAAGGAGCAUGUCCAGAAGUACCUACUCACACUCAUGAACAUUGUCAAUGAAAUCUAUCAUGAUGAAUCCCUGGGCGCCCACAUCAAUGUUGUGCUGGUACGAAUUAUCCUGUUGAGCCAUGCCAAGUCCACAAGCCUCAUCGAGAUCGGGAACCCCUCUCAGAGUCUGGAGAACGUGUGUCGCUGGGCCUACCUGCAGCAAAAGCCAGACACAGACCAUGUCGAGUACCAUGAUCAUGCCAUCUUCCUAACUAGGCAGGAUUUUGGACCCUCAGGCAUGCAAGGCUAUGCCCCCGUCACUGGUAUGUGCCACCCUGUGCGCAGCUGCACGCUGAACCAUGAGGACGGCUUCUCCUCUGCCUUCGUGGUGGCCCACGAGACUGGCCAUGUGCUGGGCAUGGAGCACGAUGGACAAGGCAACCGCUGUGGCGACGAGGUGCGGCUGGGGAGCAUCAUGGCCCCCCUUGUGCAGGCUGCCUUCCACCGCUUCCACUGGUCCCGCUGCAGCCAGCAGGAACUGAGUCGCUACCUGCACUCCUACGACUGCCUGCGGGAUGACCCCUUCGCACACGACUGGCCAGAACUGCCCCAACUGCCUGGGCUCCAUUAUUCCAUGAACGAGCAGUGCCGCUUUGAUUUCGGCCUGGGUUACAUGAUGUGCACCGCGUUCCGGACAUUCGACCCCUGUAAACAGCUAUGGUGCAGUCAUCCAGACAACCCCUACUUUUGCAAGACCAAGAAGGGACCCCCCCUAGAUGGUACCAUGUGUGCACAAGGCAAGCACUGCUUCAAGGGACACUGUGUGUGGCUGACCCCAGAUAUCCUCAAACGUGAUGGCAACUGGGGCGCCUGGAGUCCAUUUGGCUCGUGCUCCCGCACCUGCGGCACCGGUGUGAAAUUCCGAACCCGCCAGUGUGAUAAUCCACACCCAGCCAAUGGAGGCCGCACCUGUUCCGGCCUGGCCUAUGACUUCCAGCUGUGUAGCCCACAGGGCUGCCCAGAUGCACUGGCUGACUUCCGUGAAGAGCAGUGCCGCCAAUGGGACCUGUACUUCAAGCAUGGGGAUGCUCAGCACCACUGGUUGCCCCACGAACACCGAGAUGCCAAGGAGAGAUGCCACCUGCACUGCGAGUCCCGUGAAACUGGGGAAGUGGUGUCCAUGAAGCGCAUGGUGCACGACGGCACCCGCUGCUCCUACAAGGACGCCUUCAGCCUGUGUGUACGCGGCGACUGCAGGAAGGUGGGCUGUGACGGUGUCAUUGGAUCAAGCAAGCAGGAGGACAAGUGUGGCGUGUGUGGUGGGGACAACAGUCACUGCAAAGUGGUCAAAGGCACCUUCUCGCGGGCCCCUAAGAAGUUGGGUUACAUUAAGAUGUUCGAGAUCCCUGUAGGAGCCAGACAUCUGCUCAUCCAAGAGACUGACAGCACUGACCACCACUUGGCCAUCAAGAAUAUGGAGACAGGCAAGUUCAUCUUCAAUGAGGAUAAAGAUGGGCAGCCCAGGUCAAGGUCCUUCAUUGCCAUGGGCGUGGAGUGGGAGCACCGGGAUGAGGAUGGCCGUGAGACGCUUCAGACCAUAGGCCCCCUGCAUGGUGCCAUCACCGUGCUGGUGGUCCCACAGGGAGAUGCCCGCAUAGAGCUCACCUACAAGUACAUGAUCCACGAGGACGCACUCAAUGUGGACGGCAACAACGUGCUGGAGGACGGCUCCACGGGCUUCGAGUGGGCGCUGAAGAAGUGGACACCCUGUUCUCGGCCCUGCGGGGGAGGGUCUCAGUUCACCAAGUAUGGCUGCCGCCGGAGGCUGGACCACAAGAUGGUGCAACGAGGCUUCUGCGACUCCGUGGCCAAGCCUAAGGCCAUCCGCCGCGCCUGCAACCCUCAAGAGUGCUCCCAGCCUGUGUGGGUGAUGGGCGAAUGGGAGCCGUGCAGUCAGAGCUGUGGGCGGAUAGGUACACAAGCACGCUCGGUGCGCUGUGUGCAACCGCUACAGAACAACAUCACACGCUCCGUGCACAGUAAACACUGCAAUGACGAGCGGCCCGAGGGGCGCCGGGCCUGCAACCGUGAACUCUGCCCUGGCCGCUGGAGAGCUGGGCCUUGGUCCCAGUGUUCGGUGACUUGUGGCAACGGCACUCAGGAACGGCCAGUGCUUUGCCGCACCACAGACGACAACUUCGGCAUCUGCCGGGAGGCACGGCCUGAGACAGCCCGGAUCUGCAGACUUAGCCCAUGUCCUCGAAACCUCUCGGACCCAUCCAAGAAGAGCUAUGUAGUCCAGUGGCUGUCGCGCCCAGACCCCAAUGCACCCGGGCCUAAAAGCUCGUCAAAAGCUCGCUGCCAAGGGGACAAGUCCAUGUUCUGUAAGAUGGAGGUUUUGUCUCGUUAUUGCUCCAUCCCAGGCUACCAAAAGCUCUGUUGCCAAUCCUGCAGUAUGCAGGAAAACCAGACCCACCUGGAUGAUCGAGCCCAGCCACUGCCACCUCCAUCACCACUGCCAAGGACGCACAAUGACAUCUUACAAGAAGUGCUGGAGCCCUCUUCCAUGCCACCCACCCUCCUUUCUCAGGGAGAUUUGGAGCCCACCCACCUAGCACCCACCCUACUUCCACAAGAAGAUCUGGAGCCUACCCUCCCAGUACCCACCCUCCUUCUACAGGAAAAUCUGGAGCUCAAGAACUCAGCACCCACCUUUCUUCCACAGGAAGAUCUGGAGCCCACCCACCCACCACCCAUUCUCAUUCUGCAGGAAGAUCUGGAGUCCACCCACUCAGCACUCCCCUUUCUUCCACGGGAAAAUCCAGAGCCCACUCAUCCAUUACCCACCCUCCUUCUGCAGGAAAAUCUGAAGCCCACCCACCCAGCACCCACCCUCCUCCUUCAGGCUCCUCUCAAUGGCUCAAGUUCCAAAGCCACAGAAGAGCAUCCCGAAAUCAAUGCUGUAGAUGGACCCUAUAAAACCCCCAGCCCGCACAUAGGUAAUUUCAUCCCACGUCGGCCCAGCCGCUAUGAGAAAACCCGCAACCGGCGCAUCCAGGAGCUUAUGGAGGAGAAGAGGCGGCGGGAGGAGCAGCACUCAAAGAUGCAAUAAAGCAGAGAGAUCCCCCGGUGUCCCCUUCUUUCUUGCUUCUAGAGUGAUCCCCAGCUCGCUUUUCAGGAUUGGCCUGGUCCUGUGGUCUGUGAGGAAACAGGGAGGAAGCCAAUUUCCAAUCUAUAUCCUGAAAUGUUCUAGAACCCAGGGGGUGUGGGAAAGCAGAGCAGGCAGAAAAGUGAAGGGAACUUCAAGAGAGACACCCCAGGGCAUUUCAUACCUGUGUCCCAGAAAGGCACAGCCCCCAAGGACCCUCAGAUGCUGACAGGGUGUGUCUCAGUCUCCCAGGGACCCCCAGGUGCUGGAGGGGGUAUGUCUCAGAUAUCCCAGGAAACUUCAGGUGCUGGAAGAGCCAUGUCACUCCCCACAUGGUUCUGAGGGGACAUGUCUCAAAUGUACCCAGGGAACCCAGGUGCUGGAGAGGGUGUGUCCCACAUACCUCUAGGGACCACCAGGUGCUGGAAGGGUAUGGAUCAUUCCUACCAGGGAACCCUAGGUACUUAGCAGUCAUAUCUCAG